AUGUCCGUCGUCUCGCUUCUUGGGGUGAAAAUCCUCAACAACCCUGCCGCCUUCACCGACUCUUAUCAGUUCGAGAUCACUUUUGAGUGUCUUGAGCAGCUUCAAAAGGAUCUCGAAUGGAAACUCACCUAUGUCGGCUCCGCCACUUCCUCCGAGUAUGACCAGGAACUCGACUCCCUCCUUGUUGGCCCUAUCCCUGUCGGUGUGAACAAAUUCAUCUUCGAGGCUGAUGCGCCCGAUCUGAAACGCAUUCCCGCCUCUGAGAUUCUCGGUGUCACUGUCAUUCUUCUUACCUGCAGUUACGAUGGCCGCGAAUUCGUCCGUGUCGGCUACUACAAUAACAAUGAGUAUGACUCGGAGGAGCUGGCUGCCGAGCCUCCUGCCAAGCCUAUUAUCGAGCGUAUCCGACGCAAUGUCCUUGCUGAGAAGCCUCGUGUGACUCGAUUCGCUAUCAAAUGGGAUUCCGAGGAGUCUGCCCCCGCUGAAUACCCACCUGACCAGCCCGAGGCCGAUAACCUGGUUGAUGACAGCAACGCCUACGGCGCUGAGGAAGCCGAACUUGAGGCCGCUCUUGUCAAGGAGCUCGAGGAUGCCAACAAGGAGGGCGAGCCCGAAGUUGGCGAGGACCAUGAGAUGGAGGGUGCUGAGCCCGCCGCUGGCAAGGAAGAUGAGGACGAGUCUGAUGCUGGCAGUGAAGAUCUCGAGGAGGACAGUGACGAUGACGAUGAUGAUGAACUGGACGAAGAGGAGGGUGGUGAUGAGGAUGUUGAGAUGGGUGAUGACUCCGAGCAGAAGGACGACCCUGCUGGCAAGGCCGCUCAUCAAACCCAACCUCAGGUUAUGGUGCACUAA